CGUGAUCGUAAACGGUGAUCAGGUGCAAACGUAAAAAUUCAGAAGCUCGUAUUCUUCCCCAAAACAUAAAUGCCUUGCUUCGUGACGAGAUAAUUAUGCCAGUGAAAAAAUCGCCAAAAAUCGAAGCUCAGGUGGUGGAGGCCAUCCGGCGGUUACAGACAAUUCAAGGGUCGACUCCACGGGAAAUUAGCAACUAUAUCGCUCAGGAAUACAAUGUACCCGGCAAUGAAAUUAGACGACACGUUCAGCUCGCCUUGAAACGCGGCGUCACUUACGGCAUUCUCCAACGUGUCAAAGGAGGAUGUUACUCGUAUAACCAGGAUUUUCUCAAUAGUCAAUGUCCCAGCGGCGGGGGCAACCCGGUGAAUAUUUGUAGCAGGAGAAGAAGGAGAGGUCGUUCAAGAAGAAGAUCGGGUAAGAGGCGGAGUUCCCGAGGGUGUAGAUCGCGUAGAAGAUCAAGGAGAAGGAGAUCAAGGAGACGCGUGAGACGAAGGAGGAGGGAGGAGAUCCCGAAGAACGUCGACGGCGACGUCGACGUGACCAAACAGCCAUCGAAAAGUGGCGAUAUCUUGAGAAAAGAUAGCCCGCGAAGCAUCCGUUCUACCGCGACGGAAAAUUCAGAGGAAAUGCAAGAAUGAUCCUUCGAAAAGAUAGAACAAUAAACCGUCGAUCCCCGUUUUAUCGUUCGACGCUGGACGCAAAGAUUGAUUCAAGAGCGAGAAGAGACGGACGUGAGCGAAACCGCCGGAGACACUCGGAAUUCAUUAAGGAAAAACGAAGAGGACGGGUUAAGAGAAAAUUCCAAGAAAACUAAACGUCGACUACGACACAUUUUUAUGAAUAUCUCAUCUAUUUUUUUCCCCAGUACGUCAGUGUUGUCUCGUGACUUU